CUAGCGUCCCUUAAACCCCUAAGACCUCGUGUGUGCUUAGUGGACGUGGAGUUUACUCCCAGUAUCUCCUUUGCAAAUGGGCUCCGUGGCCUAGCGUUUACUCCCCUGAGCCUCGCCACCUGUGAUCUCCAGCCGUUUGGGUGCUACUGGGACCAGCACUGAAGGAAAGGAAGGUUUUAUAUCGGCACAAGAACAAAGACCAAGGAACAUGGCAGCAAUCCCGUCAAGCGGCUCGCUUGUGGCAACCCAUGACUACUACAGAAGUAAGAAGACUAAACUUGUGACCUGGGGGCGUCUGAGUUCUACGUCCAGCAACAGCUCGUGUGGAAGUGCUGAGUACUCUGGGGAAGUUAUUCCUCACCAUCCGGGUCUUCCCAAGUCAGAUCCCGGUCACUGGUGGGCUAGCUUCUUCUUUGGCAAGAUGCCCCACCCAGUCAUGACAACUGUGUCGGAGUCCCCAGAGAAAUCGGGAACCUUCCAGGUGGCUAACGGCGUGAUCACUUGUGGCCUGGCUCAGGAAGUAAUGAGGAAGCGCCACGCCAGUGAGCCCAGCAAACCCAAUGCUGGGCCCUCUGCGUGAACAGGCUGGCACCUCUCUCUGCUGCUCGCCUGGUUGCUGCUUCUGAUCCAAACGCUAGGCAUCAGAGCCCAUUUCCCUCCCCUCCCCGUCCCCCCCCAUAGAGUAGACAGGCUGCUUUAGGAAUUAGAUGUAGGUUUUUGCAAAAAAAAGAAAACACAACCAAAAAUUUUUUUCUAUACCAUCUUUUUGCUACUUCACUAACUUGACUACGUGCUUUCCAUGCAGACUUGGUAACACUUUUGUUUACUUCGUACUUGUUCAAUGGAAACUAAUAAACUUGAGCAGCCUUUUA